GAUUAAAUUACGUUUGUCUGAAGAAUUCUGACCCCGUCAGACGAAACGUUACAGAAAUAUAUUUUUUUGGGUUAGUAUUUAGCAAGACUCUUGAAUUACUUAGAAUAGUCAUUUACACAAUAUCUUCGGGUUAUAAAAAUACGGAUCUAGCAGCGCUAAAGCAUAGAAGAAAGUUUCAGAAAAUAAUGAAAUUCAUAAUAGCUGCGACCUUCCUAUUGCUGGGAUCUGCGUUUGCACAAAUUCCAGUAAGUGUUAUCACCGAGUGGUCACAGAACGAUCAAUCAUCCGCCGGUGCCAUCAUUAGCUUGGUAUACCAAGGACUGAAGGAUGGAACCUGUUUUGUGCAGUUACCGAAUGCUGUCAACAUGUUCCACGUAGUGAACGGUCACAUUAUUCCCGACGGUUCGGAUCCUGAAUACGGUUUUUAUAAGAUCACAGCCCCAGCUGACUGGGAAGCCAUGAACGGCACAUUCAAUGCUUUGAUAAUCUUCAAUAGAAACAAGGUGUUCAGUUUUGCAGGUGUGUCUUUCACAUGUAAUCCUGAGGACGUGGAGUACGUCAGCGUCUAUUCAUUCCCGAAUAAUAAUCAGGCAAAGGAAGCGAGUUCCAGCGUAUACUACAGAUGGGGCUUUCACAAGGGAGACGUCCUGACAAUAACAUUCCCAGUUAGAGUCGCAAGAUUUGAACUCACUACAAUGAACGGCAGAUACAGCGUGACUUCUGACGACUCAAAAACUUUCACUCUGAGUGGAUUCCAAAACGAGGAGGGAGACGACAGCAUGAAAGAGGUUGGCUUCAACAUCGAGUACCUGCAUUCAGAAGAUGGAUUCUCAGGCUGGUUUUCCGCAGGCGAUAUUUCGGUUUCUAUUGUUAGAGUGACUGCACUACAGUGACAUCACAAUUAGAGAGUGGACUUGUUGACGACGAUGCGACACGAAUAUUUACAUUUAGUCAUUUCAGUUUUCCCAACGUUUUCUCGUUAAAUUUCACGUUUUACAUAUUUUGGGGCGCUCCAGAAGUAUACGUACCAAUAUGGAUGAAACUAAAUUUAUUCGCCUAUUCUACAUCAAGUUGUGUAAAGGGACUGAAACCAAUGGGCAGGGGUAUAUCCACUUGGCUAACACAGACAGUCCCCGACUCGUAAUAUAAGUAAGAUAGGGAACAUCGGAAGAAAAAUUUAUGUCUUCACACUAACCUGGUACACUUACUACGGGAGUACGUAUUUUGGAACUGUUUAU